CUUCCGGUAACAAAUAUCACUCUCUAAAGAAGACGUGAUUCUCAUUUCAUUUCAUUUGAUUUCAUCUACUCUACUCCCAAACAACAACAAUAUAUACUCCAAUCACAUCCCCAUAUCCACACAUCUUUCUCUCUGCAACUUUCUCCGGCCAACUUUUCCGAUCACCGUGUUUUUUUCCGGUCACCGACAAGUGGAUUAUUUUUAUUAAUUGACAAGAUCCCACCGUUUUAGUCAAUAAAAGCUAAAUAAAUACAUAUUUUCCAAAUUAAUAUCACAAGUCUCACCAAUUUCCUCCUUCAAUUACUCUCCUUAAAUUCAAGAUAUUUAUCCAAUCAAAUACUCUCUCUCUCUAGAAAUAUAAAUAAAUAUACCCCGAAAACCCCUCCACCGUUUCUAUUCCAUUUCUUGAUCAAAAAUUAAAAAAAAAAUCAAAAAUUAAAAUCCCUUUUGUUGUUUGAGAUUUUGCUCUGUUCAUCAUCCUCUGUUUUAAAAACAGGGGAGGAGAAAAACAAAAUCCCAUUUUCUCUCUCAUCAGCCCUUCCUUUCUCUCUCUAGAAAUGGUUUCAAAUCUUCAAUGUUUUCUUGAUUCCACAACCCCUAUUGUCCCCUCUCAAUUCCUCCCCAAGAGUGAGAUUAGAAAUCUUAAUCCGCUUUGGCACCCGUGGGAGCGUGAGAUAGUUGAAUUGUUUACGUUGGGAGAUUUGUGGAAUUGUUUUGAUGAAUGGAGUGCUUAUGGUGCCGGAGUUUCGAUUAACGUCGGAAACGGGUGCGAUGAAACUAUUGUUCAGUAUUAUGUUCCGUAUCUCUCCGGCAUUCAAAUCUUUACCGGCAAUUCAUCUUUGAACUAUCUACGGGAAGAAACCGAUUCUGAAACAAGGGAUUCAUUUAGUGAUACGUUUAGUGAUGAAAGCGAGAGUGAGAAGGUAUCAAGGUGGGACGGAUGUUCGUCGGACGAAGGUGUGUUUGAUCAAGAGACGCAGUUUCAUUUGAAUGAUCGAUUGGGUCAACUUUACUUCCAAUAUUUUGAUAAAUCAACCCCUUACGCAAGAGUUCCUUUGGUGGAUAAGGUAUACGCGUUAUCUAAACAAUACCCGGGACUCAUGUCAUUAAGAAGCGUUGAUCUUUCACCGGCUAGUUGGAUGUCGGUUGCUUGGUACCCGAUAUAUCACAUUCCAAUGGGAAGGACAAUAAAAGACUUGUCAACAUGUUUCUUGACGUACCAUACCCUCUCGUCGUCAUUUCAAGAUAUGGAUAUUGAAGACCAAAACGGAUUUACAAAGAUGAAGAGAAAGGAAGGAGAAGGAAUCAGUCUACCACCAUUCGGAUUGGUUACUUACAAGAUGCAAGGCGACAUUUGGACCGCAAAUAGGAAUACAAAUGACCAAGAGAAGCUAGUUUCACUUGCGAGCGUGGCUGAUUCCUGGUUGAGACAAUUAGGCGUCCAACACCAUGAUUUUAACCACUUUGUGGGGAAUCGUCGUGGUUAAAACUAACAACAUUUGACAUUGAAAGAGAUAUGCUCAAACCCGUAAGAGAGAUUUGACUUAUCAUUGUCACAUCCCUUGUGGGCUUUUCGACUUUUUUACACGUGGAGAGAGGCUGUUAUGUUUAGAUGGAACAUGGUUUUGCCAUUGUUGAGCUUGUGUGUUAGACUUUCUUUUUCCUAGUUCUAGUCUUGCCUAUUUGGCCAACCUUAUCCUUUGGGUUUAUUUGCAAAAUGUUUUAGGUUUGGAAGAACCUUGAAUGGAGAAAGGGGGAUUGUGUACAUUGAGGAGUCUAAUGAAUGGGAGAGAGACACUUAUGAGAUCU